AUGGAGACCGACCCUUUUCUGCCGAGAGGUUCUCUCUCAAACCAAGUCCAACCCGACGAAGCGUGUGACCAACAACUAUCGCCGCCAUGUGGGUACCGGCCCGACAUUGACGGUCUCCGCGCGCUCGCGAUCGUGUCCGUCCUCGUCUUCCAAGCGUACCCGUCGCUCCUUCCCGGUGGCUUCAUUGGCAUCGACAUCUUCUUUGUCAUCUCUGGCUUCCUCGUCUCGAACGUUCUCAUCAAGCAGCACGAGGAGUGCAACUUUACGUACGCGAGCUUCUACGAGCGCCGCGUCCGCCGCAUCGCGCCGACGCUCAUCAUUGGUGCCUUGCUCAAGCACACGGCCGCGACAUUGUUGACCACCAACGUGCAAGUGCUCUCGCUUGAGAGGGCGUACUUCAAGUACGGCAGCAACCCGGUGCUGCAUCUCUGGUCGCUUGGUGUCGGGGGCCUCUAUUACAUUUUCUGGCCAUUCUUUUACGUCUUCGUCAUGAAGCAGCCGUACAAGCGCGCUGUUCAGCUCCAGAUCGCAUUUUUUGCGCUCAGCUUUGUCAUCAACGUCAUUGCGUCCGUCGGAAACCACGACAACAAGACGGUGCUCUACUUGCCGCUGGGUCGUUUCUGGCAACUGUCCAUGGGCGGCCUCCUCUCGUACGUGAUGACUGCACAGGCCACAGCGUCUUUGCCGCCGCUGACGGAUUCAUCCCGUUUUGGUGGACGGAUGUCCGCAGCCGGGCUGUGCCUCGUCGUCACCGGGUUUUCAUUCAUUGACGCUCAAAGUGCCUUACCCGGCGUUUGGGCGCUUCUUCCGACCGUCGGCGCGACCUUGCUCAUUGCCGCGGGGCCCCAAGCGCCGUUCAACCACUACGUUCUGAGCAACGACGUGCUUGUGUCCAUUGGCAAGAUCAGCUAUGGCGUCUACCUCUGGUACUGGCCGCUCCUUAUCAUUUCCAACCGUCAAUACCCGCCAACGUUGAGCCGUCCGUUCACCAUGGAGCCGUGGUGCAUGCUUCAGGUCUCAGUCGCCUUGAGCAUUAUCACGUACGAGUUGGUUGAACAACCACUGCGCUGGGGCAAGCCCAAGUGGAUCACACCCGCGCUCGUGCUCUGCGUGCUAGAGCUUGUCGCGCUUGCGGCGACUUUGCGCAUGUUGUGA